AUGUCUCGUAGUUUGCCUUAUUGUCUUGAAUGUUUUGAAAAAUGUCUACAAGCUCAAGAUGAUGCACUUAGUUCAACAUUUUUUAUUCUAAGACAAACAGGUCCAACAGCUUUUGUUAUUAAAGAAGAUGAUGAACGAAUAUUUAAAAAUGAUGAUGGAAAUGAUGAUGGUAGUGACGUUGAACAACGAUCAAUCAAUGAAAAUGAUGUAUGUUCUAUAUGUCAAGAAGAAUUUUUAAUUAAGAAAUUACCAAUUACUUAUUGCCGACAUGGUUGUGGUAAUAAUGUUCAUGUUAAAUGUAUGAAAGUAUGGCUUGAUCAUCAAGUAUCAACAGGUGAAAAAACAGUUAAAUGUCCAUUAUGUCGAGAAACAUUUGGUACACCUGAACAACUUAAACAAGAAUUUCGUAUAAGUGGUGCUCAACAAGCUGAAAAAUCAUCUAUUCAUUUAGGUUAUUCAUGUCAUCGUUGUCGUGCAUGUCCAAUUACAGACAAAUGUUAUAAAUGUACGAUAUGUCAUGAUUAUUUUCUUUGUCAAACAUGUUUUAAUUUAAAUAUACAUAAUGAACAUAAUUUUGAUUAUCGAGAAAAAUCAUUUCAAUGUUGGAAAUCAGCAACACGAGAACAUUUAAAUGCAUUACCUAGUGCACUUCGUCAAAUGUUAGCAAAUAGAGAAAUUACCGAAAAUGAUUAUGAUAUUCUUCUUCAACUCGAUAAUGCUCAAAAUGCAGCAAUUAUGGGUAUACCAGAAAAUGUUGUUAAAUCAAUGCCAACUGAACGUGUACAUGAACGAAGUCGUUUAUUACAACAUGGUGAACAAUGUCGUUUAUGUUUAAGAUCUUAUCAAAUAGGUGACGUUGUUGAAAUGGAAAAUGAACAAAGAGAAGCAAAACGUUCGGCUCUUGUUGCUAUUCGACAUUCAACAAAACAUGUACCGUCUUCUGGCUCAUCUUUACUGUCAGUUGAUAUGGGUUUAUCUAUAACUCCUAAUCAAAUACGACCACUUAAUAUACCAACAACGACUGAUUUAAAUCAACGAUUUCGACGUCUUCAUAUGCAUGCACCACUUCGUCCAUUAAUAGCACCAACAACGAAUGAAUUUCCAUCAUCUCUUGAAAUAAAUGCUUAUAGUUUAGGAAAUCGACAAUUAUCAAUGAAUAAUGAAGAACGACGACAAUCAUUAUUAUCAUCACCCUCAUUAGUAAGAGAAGAAAUUCGACGAGUAAAUAUUGAAUUUAAUCAAGAUUUUACAUUACCACCAACUAUUAUUGGUCGUCGAUUACUUGAACGUAGACGCUCAAAUGCUGAAUAA